GGUGAAUCCGUGUAGUGGGCGCGUGUAAGGACAUUCCAUAUGGCGCCCCGCGUGCAGAAAAUGCGCGUGAAAAGCCUCCCGAAGGCAUUUCAGUGUUUGACAGCACGAGGUUAAGAAGGACGAUUUUGGGAGUUGCAAUGGCAUUUCGUCUAGCCAGAAGCCGAAGAGCACUGAAAUUACACUAGGAAGACUAUCUAUGGUCCUUGAGGGAUGGAAUUAAUACUUCCCGGCGGGGGAAUAUUUGUUGUUUGUCGCGGAUUGUGAUGGGAAUCAGAGGCAUAACAUGGAGUCUCGAUGUGCGUUUCUAUCGGAGAUUAGGCGAUAGAGCUCGGUUAUCGCGGGGUUAUCGUGAAUUUCGCUGCUCGUGAAGCAUUUUUCCAGCUGACUUCCUCAGAAAUAAGAACAUUCGUUGAUUGGAAGCCUUUCUUGCUGUGUCUCUUCAACAUUUCCUCCUCCUUUGCAGUGGUAAAGCCGAAGAAAUGAACUCUCUCUGUCAAAUGGCUAUUCCGGCGACUGAGAACGGUCUUCACCAGGAGAAAGUGGCAAUUCUGGAUGCUGGUUCUCAGUAUGGAAAAGUUAUCGACAGAAAAGUGCGUGAUCUCCAGGUGGAGUCGGACAUUCUGCCCCUUAGCAUGCCCGCACUGGCACUGAAGGAGCAAAAUUAUCGGGGUAUCAUCAUAUCCGGCGGCCCCAAUUCCGUCUACGCUCUCGACGCGCCCCAGUACGAUCCGGCCAUCUUCAAGCUCGGCAUUCCAAUCCUGGGCAUUUGCUAUGGCAUGCAAAUGAUCAACAAAGAGUUCGGCGGCUCGGUGGCCAAGAAGGACGCCCGAGAAGACGGCCAGAUGGAGGUGAACGUGGAAACGUCCUGCCCACUCUUCAAUCGGCUGAACACCAACCAAACGGUUCUGUUGACCCAUGGCGACAGUAUAGAUCGUGUUUGUGACCAAUUCAAAGUGUCUGCCGUGUCGAAGAACACAAGUAUCGUGGCGGGAAUUUACAACGAGCAAAUAAAUAUUUAUGGUGUUCAAUUUCAUCCAGAGGUUGAUUUGACCAUUAAUGGUAAGCAGAUGCUUUCGAACUUCUUAUUCGACAUCUGCGGCAUGUCAAAGCGCUUCACACUGCAAAAUCGCAAGGAAGAGUGCGUGAAGUCGCUGAAGGAGAUGAUUGGCUUGAAGAAAGUCCUGCUUCUCGCGAGUGGAGGCGUUGAUUCGACCGUGUGUGCAUCUCUAUUGAACAAAGCUGUGCCUCCGUCUCAAUUAAUCGUCGUUCACAUAGAUAAUGGAUUCUUGAGGCAGAACGAGAGCGAAGCAGUGGAGAAGUGUCUCGGUGAAAUCAAUAUAAAUGUAAUUGUGAAGCGAGCGCAUCAUCAAUUUCUCAAUGGGACGACAACUGUGAAACAGCCUGGAUCACACUACUCGACAGACACGCCAAUGCUAUCGAUGACGACAAAUCCAGAGGAUAAGCGGAAAAUAAUUGGUGAUGUGUUCGUAAAGGUCACGGAUGAGGUGAUUAAGGAGCUCAAGUUGAAACCCGAAGACAUUCUGCUGGCUCAAGGAACUCUGCGGCCGGAUUUGAUUGAGUCAGCGUCUGCCCUGGUCAGCACCAAUGCGGACACAAUUAAGACACAUCACAACGAUACAGAACUCAUCAGAAAACUCCGUGAGGCUGGUCGUGUGGUGGAGCCGCUGAAAGACUUUCACAAGGACGAAGUGCGUGCUUUAGGAUAUGAUUUGGGUCUGCCCAGCAAGUUGGUGGAGAGACACCCUUUUCCCGGGCCAGGACUGGCCAUUCGGAUCCUCUGCGCUGAUGAGCCUUACAUUGAGAGGGACUUUUCUGAGACACAGGUUAUAGCCCGUGUGAUAGUGGAUUACAAUCAAAAGCUCCAGAAGAACCACGCCCUGCUGAGCCGUGUUUCCGGUACGACGUCCGUGGCGGAACAGAAGGAGCUGCGAAGGAUCUCCAGUGCGAUAAAACUCACCGCCACCGUUCUGCCGAUCAGGAGUGUCGGCGUGCAGGGCGACAAGCGCUCGUACAGCUACGUUGUGGGGAUUUCGAGCGAGGGGGCGCCAAAUUGGGGGGAUCUGAUGUUCCUUGCCAAGAUAAUACCGCGCAUUCUACACAAUGUCAAUCGAGUUUGUUAUAUAUUCGGCGAGCCUGUACAGUAUCAAAUCACCGAUAUCACGCACACGCACGUGUCGCGCAAGACAUUGGCCCAGCUCAGAGUUGCUGAUGCGAUAGUGAAUGAGGCACUGCAAGCCUACGGCUGCAUCAGACGCAUCUCGCAAAUGCCUGUAGUAUUAAUUCCACUUCACUUUGACCGAGAUCCAGCCAACAGGAUGCCAUCGUGUCAGCGAUCAAUUGUUCUGCGACCGUUCCUAACAAAUGACUUUAUGACGGGCGUUCCAAUUCUACCCGGUUCCGAGAAUCUACCGAUGAAUGUCGUGGAGAAGAUAGUUCGUGAUAUUCUUUGCGUACCUAGCAUUUCUAGGGUGUUAUACGACUUGACGCCUAAACCUCCGGGCACCACAGAGUGGGAAUGAUUUCACUUCAAUUCACCCCUAUCAUCAACAUUUUUGUCAUCUCUGUAGUUACUGAGAAGGUGAAGAAGAGAGGGACGAGGGAAUGAGAAGAGAAUACAAAAAAUUGUGUAAAGAAGAGCGAAGAUUAGUCUUGUGUCGUGAGGGUCGUGAGGCAUUUUUCACGAGUUUAGCGAUGACGGAAGAAAAGGGACAAACGGACAUUUCUAGGAUCUGGAAGUGAGAUGAAAUUUAGCCACAGCAUCCAGUUACAUAUAUUAAAUAUAUAAAAA